GGAGAGAUGAUCAGCGUCGACUGUUUGCACAUCAGCCUUAAUCGUACUCUGCUACUAUCGGUUGGUUUAUGGCCUUACCAGCAAUCGAAACUCGUUCAAUUUCAAAUAAUCUUGUUUUCUUCUAUUUUGAUAACUUGCAUUAUAUUUCAGUUUACAGCAUUUCUUACUUCAAAAUGUACUCCGGAUCUUUUCAUUAACAUUUUCUCUUCCGCAUUAUUUUUUUUUGUUUUUCUUAUUCAAUACACUUGGUUUUCUAUUAACAUUAAAGUUGUGAAGUAUUUGAUGGAGCGAUUGCUGAACAUCUAUAACGGUUUAACGGAUAAGAAUGAAAUCAGAAUUAUGGAAGAAUACGGCAGCUAUGCAAGACGUUACACGGUUGGAUUAAUAAUGAUUGUUAUAAUCUUUGUACCCGUUCUAAUUUUGUAUCCAUUCUGCUCGCACGUUUUCGACAUAUUAUUAACUACAAAUAAGUCUCCAUCACGUCUUUCGCUGAGAGGAAUGUACGUUUCCGAGUAUUUUAUCGAUCAGAAAAAAUACUUCUAUUUGAUUUUAUUGCAUGGAAAUGCGGCUCUAUUCUUAGGAGUAGCAACAUUACUAGCGACAGGAACCUUAUUGAUAGCCUAUAUGCAAUACUCCUGUGGAAUGUUUAGAAUUGCCAGUUAUCGUCUCGAGCAAGCAUUGGCAGUUGAUCCUUUACGAAAGAACAAUUCGCGAAAUCAGAAUUUGAUUUAUAAGGAAUUGAUUCAUGCAGUGGAUAUGCAUCGCGAAGCUAUGAGAUUUUCAGACACAUCGAUAUCCAAAUUUAAAGUAAUGUUCGCUUUUAUGAUAGUAGCCGGAGUGAUUAGCGCGAGCCUCAAUUUUUUCCGACUUUUUCAGGCUCUAUUAUUUGGAUUUGAUGCUGAGGAACAUUUGUUACCUUUAAUAAGCAUUACCAUUUAUUUAUCGUACGUAUUUGUAGGCGAUUAUGUUGCACAAGAAGUUAUGGAUCACAAUAAUGAUGUGUUUGCCAUUGCAUACAAUAUUCAGUGGUAUGCAGCUUCCCUAAACAUACAAAAAAUAAUACUGUUCCUAUUGCAAAGAAGUACCAAGGUUUUCAGUCUAAAUAUUGCGGGUUUGAUUGUGGGAUCAUUGGAAGGUGCAGUUUCGUUAUUGAGUACUACACUAUCAUACUUCACUGUUCUUUACUCUAUUCGGACUUGA